UUGAUUCAAUAGACUGGAAGUAUGCAGCCAUGGCCCUGGACGCAUCUCCAGUGGAGGAGACGCCCUGUCCAAAUUGUGGGAGCAGUGUUCUGGCCAAAUGGGCAUUUUGCCGACACUGCGGAAUUGCAUUGAAUUCUCUCGCUGGUGCACAGUGGGAACCUGUUGCAGAACCUCUCCUCCUCAGAUCCAGACGACGGCUCCAUGCUGCCCUGGACGCUUCUUCCCAGUCACCGUCAACUCUGACGGAGUCACAUUUGCGACAAGAUCUUCUGGAGGACUACCGGAGGGGCAAACAAGAGAUGAGCCUUGAGAAAUCAGCGUUGCAUUUCAUUCCAGCGGAGGUUGAGAAACAGAUCUUUUUGCUGGAACACAAGGUUGCACAGGUCACCGAGGGUGAUAGCAAUCGAAUAGGUGCUCUAAGUGAUCAAGUGAAGCGCUUGGAAGAAGGAUUGCAUGCGAUACGGGUUGCACGAGAGAUCCACGAUGAAAGGAGGAGGAAAGAGCAUAAGAUGCUGGAGAGCAGUUUCACCACGGACCUGGAAAAGGCAACGUCUGAACGAAAGCAGCUUCAAUCCACAUGGCAGGAAAGGGGUGUGUCUAUCCUGAACGACUGCCGAGCUGACCUGACGAAGGAGCACGAGCAAAAGGGCUCAGUGCAGGAGGAGUACGUCAGAGAGAUCGGAGAAGAGGUGCAACGGCUGCACGUUCUUUUGGAGAAGCAGCAUGUGUCACGCUUGGAACGUGGGGAACAGAUCUUGGUGAAGCUUGAGGCAGAUUUCCAGCAGGUGCACAGUGACAUCGAGACAGAACAGAAGCUGCGCUUCGAGGCAGAGGGCAUGAUGCUCCGAAUGGUUGAGGAUGUUUGUGGUCGCCUUCAUGGUGAGAUUGAGCAGGAGCGGCUUCAAAGGGAGGCCGUCCAGACCAAACUACUCGGUUUGUUGGAAGACACUUGCACACAAAUUGAGAACAGCUUCUCCUACCUGGCCAAGUCCAAAGGUCUUUGACUUCGGCGCUGUUAAUGAACUUGUUGCGCCCAGCAACAGAUCGACAAACCGAUUGGGGG